AUCUUCUGCCUGGAGACCUUGCCCGAGUUCCGGGACGAGAGGGAGCUGCAGACCCCCCCGCCUCCGCCCCUGAACGGCACCGCCGGGGAGGCCCCCCAGUUCCAGCACCCCAGCAGCCUUUCCGACCCUUUCUUCAUCGUCGAGACCACGUGCGUGAUCUGGUUCUCCUUCGAGCUGCUGGUGCGCUUCUUCGCCUGCCCCAGCAAGCCCGAGUUCUCCCGCAACAUCAUGAACAUCAUCGACAUCGUGGCCAUCAUCCCCUACUUCAUCACCCUGGGCACCGAGCUGGCUCACGAGCAGCAGCAGGGCGGGGCCCCCAGCUCCGCCAGCAGCAACAACGGAGGUCAGCAGCAAGCCAUGUCCCUGGCCAUCCUCAGGGUCAUCCGCCUGGUCAGGGUCUUCAGGAUCUUCAAGCUCUCCAGACACUCCAAGGGGCUGCAGAUCCUGGGGCAGACGCUGAAAGCCAGCAUGCGGGAGCUGGGCCUCCUCAUCUUCUUCCUUUUCAUCGGGGUGAUCCUCUUCUCCAGCGCCGUGUACUUUGCCGAGGCGGAUGACCCCGACUCCCAUUUCUCCAGCAUCCCCGACGCUUUCUGGUGGGCGGUGGUGACCAUGACCACGGUGGGCUAUGGGGAUAUGAGGCCGGUCACCGUAGGGGGCAAGAUUGUGGGCUCCCUGUGCGCCAUCGCUGGCGUGCUGACCAUAGCUCUGCCCGUGCCUGUCAUCGUGUCCAACUUCAACUACUUCUACCACCGAGAGACGGACAACGAGGAGCAGGCCAUCCUCAAGGAGGAGCCGAGCAGCGCUCAGGGCAGCUCCGCUGCGGGGGAGCUGAAGAGAAGCCGCAGUAGAAACUCUCUGGACAAAUCUGUUGUGCACUUGGAAAACAGCGAGGGGAUCAACAAUGGCACUGGCUCCUUAGAGAAAACCAAUAUCAAAGCUAAAAGCAACCUAGAUCUCAGAAAAUCCCUGUAUGCGCUCUGUCUGGACACCAGCAGGGAAACAGACCUGUAAGGAUGGAGUGCAUAUGGGUUCCGAGAGAAAGCAGGGUUUGUGGAUGUUGGAAAAUAUAUAUAUAUAUAAUUUUUGUAUCACUUAGACAGUAUUUUAAGUCAGCCUAUAUUUUAUAAUUGAACAGACCUCCAGGAGGACAUGUUUUUAUGUUCUUUUCCCAACAGCACAAAGGGCCACCAAUUUUUAAAACAGACUAAGAAUAAGAUGCACUCCACCAUGCAGGAGCAGGAAAAUUUGUAGAGUGCAAACUGGUGUUACUUGUAGACAUUUGCUUUAGCAAACUGUGAUUUUUAAAUGGGUCAUUUGUAACUAAUUCACUUACUCAGAGUUUAGUAUUAAAAGGUUGGAGGGGUUGUGAGUGGAGGAUGAAUGGAUUUUUUUGUAAUGUAGUUUCAAACUGAAAUUAUUCCAAUAUAUUUUAUAUAUGUGUAUUUAGGAGCAAAAGGGGUAUUUCUUUUCCUGUGAGACAUGACUUCAUUAAAACACUAGAAACAUUAGCUAAGAAACACUUUCAGACUUCUCCACUUGUGAUCCGUACAGAUCUGGUUGUCUAGUAUGUGAAGUGAAACUGGUGCUUUUAACCUAGAGCAGAAAACUUUAGUUUUGUUAUUGAGAAUAUAUUGGUUUUUGUGAGCCUUAAAUUAUUAAGUAUUGUAGAUAUAUUUCUUUAUAAGUACUUUUUAUUAACAAUCUUACUGUUUCAAAAUUUCUAAUAACUCAGCCCUGUGCUUUUUAUCCCAGAAAAAAUGUGCAGUUUUUUGUUUGUUUUUCUAUCAGUGAUAUAAUUUGAAGAUUUUUAUAGGCUAUUGUCUGCUGUUACUGGUUUUUAUCCAAGUGCACAACAGAUCAUAAACAGUGGGAACUGGGGGAAACAAGUUGAAAGCUAUUCAUAUGUGCAGUAUCUGCAAAGUUUUUUUUUUUUUUUUUUUUUUUUUUUUUUUUACAGUUACACUCCAACAUUCUUUAGCAUAUGAAUCAGUCACAAAUGGGUAUCCAUGCCAUUUGUCUGAAUGGCUUGCUGUUUAUAAUGAUCACAUUUUUUAAAAAAGGGAUGGCACUUAGAGUCUGACAUGGCACAGAGUGCUACUUAAGUAACCAUCACGUGGCUUAUAUCUUGGACUGAGGAGAAAAGAACCAUCUUUCAUCAACAUGUUUUCUUUUUCUGUUAUUUCAAAGCAAAACCCUCACAAUGUUAUGGAUUUUACAAUUUAAAUAUUCCUGAAUGACAAUGACAGAUCAUCUUCAUUUUGAUGACAUGGCACUGUGGAGCGAUCUUAGUGAACACAGAAAUGAAGUUGAUUCGUUACUUCAAAUCAAAGCACUACCUUAACAUUUAUGUUGCAAAGAACUUACACAUUUUUUGCAAACGUCUGUUUCACUGCUGAAGGAUGUAAGAUUAGCAGAUCAUGGAAAAGAAGUCUUGCUUGUCAACACUCAAGGUUUGGGGUUUUUUAAAUCAAAUUUUCAAUGCACUUACUUUACUUAAGAGAAGACUACAUUUUAUGCAAGACAGUAAACUGUAUGCACUGAGAGAAACCUGGAGCAGACACUGUGGUGCUGUCUUUGAGAAGGCUUCCCAGGGCACAGCAAUCCAUGGCACACCCAAUGAGACACAGUACUGGGAUGGAAACACCAGUCUGGGGAGGGUGUGAAUCAUGAGCUGAGGCUGAAUGAGAAGCUAUUUAGGACAUCUUUUUAUAAUAUUUUUGACUGAUCUUGAGUUGUUCUUUUUAAUUUAUACUGACACCUGCUUAGCUCAUCAUUUUUGGCAUAUUAUUUAUUUUUAUUUCAAAAUUUGUAAAACAAUCAUUAAUUUUUUAUUCAUAUUUAUGUGAGGGGAAAAAAGGAAGUAAUUGUAAUUCUGAUUUGACAUCUUUGGAACAAAGAUUGGAGGUAGGAAAAUGUACAACUGCCCUUAAAGUCAGUGGAAAUCAGUUCAUUAUAAAUGGUAAUUUGGCCAAGACAACUGGUGAUUUGUAAAUGCAGAGGUAGCUGUAUUCAUUGCAUGCACAAAUGUAGGCAUGUAAUUGAGCAUACAGUCCUGCAAAUGAUCUAUCUACUUUUCUGAAAAUGUUACCCUAGAAAUCUAACUUACUAGUAUAGGAGACAAAAGUAAUUUCUUUCUUCUGUGAAAUCUGUCUAUGCAACUGUACUGAAUUAAAAGAAUUAUCCAACAGGAAAGUCAGGAAUGGUUUCUGGAGGCACUGAUACAUUAUUGAUUUGCUCUUAAAGGACAGCAAAAUAAUGGAAUAUUAUAAUCUGUGAUUCUGCCACUCCUGAUCUAAGCCAUAUCUCUGUGUCUGGUAUGCAUCCUAAAGACUGAAACUGUAGUUGCUUGGUAGAGGACUGGCUGCUUUUCUCCUGGUGUCAUGCUGCAGUAAAAGGACAUUGGGAAGAAAUUCAGAGAAAUGCAGGUAGCCAGACCCCUUUGCUUCUUGUUCUCAUACCCUCUUUGGAUACGAAACUCUGUUGGAAGCUUUUCCCCUGCAUACAUUGCUUUGGAGUUGCCCAGCUUUAUUUAUGUACUCCCUUCCUUACUCCGCUUAUAUAGAUGUGUUCUCAUUGGUUGUAUUCCUCAACUCAGAUGUUUGGAAAUCUAUUCUAUUGGCGUGCAGGGGAGAUUCUCUUAGGCUAUGUCUACACAGCAGCAUUAUUUCAGAAUAACUGACAUUAUUCCAAAAUAAUAUAGUCGGUGUCUACACAUAAGCAGUUAUUUCGUAUAUAAUGUCUAAAUCAUUUUAAGCUGGAGGGCUGCUUACUCUGACCCCUGUAACCUCGUUGUAAGAGGAGUAAGUGAAGUUGGGGGAAGAGUGCUUUUUCUCGAAAUAACUGCAGUGUAGACAAAAGUCUAAAUAAGCGCCAAAAGUUGAAAUAAAUUUAGCUCUGCCAUGUAGACGUGCUCUUACAGAGAAGCUUUUCUGCAUUAGAAGAAGACAGGAGUCUGAAGAGCCACUUUUGAUCUCAUUCUCAGAUAUAGAGAAAUACGUCAGUGACUGCUAUUUUGGAUUUUGUAUGGAAAUAUGUGAAUGAUUGUCUCUAAUUCUUUGUUUUCCUUCCACUAGUGCUGUUCUUUGUCAAAGUCUUGCAUAGUGUAGGGAGAUUAUUGAAGUAUCAUUUAUUUCUGCCUUUUUUGACAUUCAUUUUCUGUUAUUUUGUAUUUUUAAGAUGUGAAGUCUCUGGGUUUACUAUGUUAAAUCUUAGCUCAAAAUACUGUGCAUACAGGUCUAGUACCCAUCUGAAGGGUAGUCUUAGUUUUUGUGUGGUUUUGACUUGAAUACAUUCCCAACUUUCUUUCUGUUAAUAUUGGUAUUUUGGGAAAUAUGCACUGCCUGUAUUUUUUCUGCCUUUUGUCCCAUCUCGUAAUUCAAUAAAAAAUGUUUUCCUCAGAAGUAUGUUA